CCGGGCCGCGAAUCGGCUCUUGCCCGGUCUGAGCCUUCGUCCUCUCUCCCCCCCUCUCCUUCUUCGUCUUCUUCCACUUCCCGAUCUGCCUCGUCCCUUGGUGCCAAGAGUUUCAGGGAGCAGGAUGAACCAUCGCCAGCCGGAGCAUGAGCCCCUUGAGCAUUUCCAGACGCCGCUUGCAGAUCGCUUGUUGCGGCACCAGUUCAAUGAGGAAAGGCAGUUGCGAUACGACAUUCAGCAGGUGAACGUGCCAGCGCCCGCGGUUGCCGAUCUGGCAACAUACUCGCUACUUUGUGAUCAGCUGACGUAUGCAGGGGUGUACGUGGACGUGACGCAGUUGCCUGGGCGGGAGACGACUCGAGUAUUCAUCGAGUUCCGCUCGCUCCAGGUGGCACCCAACUUUGUGCAUAGCGUCGCCACCUUUAUCGGCGACUUGACGAUCCUGCCACCGCCGAGUCGGGAGCUGGCGCGGAGUUUUGUGCGCGAGUACGCGGUGCAGGCGGCCAGAUCAGUGGCCAAAGUGCAAGGACGGGGGGGGCACCGAUUCAAAGCCCACGAAACGCUGCUGCGCAGGGCAGAGGACGGACCGAUCGCCGAGGAAGAGGAGAUCCAGCCACGAUUGCGGACAGCGGCUGCCCCGCGGAGAAUGUACAACGAGGUCGUCCUCCCGGAUUACAUUGCGCAGCGCGCGGAGAGGUUGGAGGACUUCCCGGAGGAAAAGUCGUUGCGGCCUCCCUCGUCGUAUGCCAGACCGGCGCCGCCAAAGGCCCCCAAGAAGACGCCGAAGAGGAAGAGACGCCACCCGUCGCCAGGAGCGCAAGGCAGCAGGAUCGGUGGCGGCGAGGAGGUGGUUCAGCCCGUGCACACGUGGGAUCUUGACCCGGUGCCCGGGAGUGCGGCGACGCGGGUUAAGGAGACCGUCGUGCCAUCACCACCCUUCCCGCUCGUGCCCGAUCUCAAUCUCGAUGGAGCCGGGCCAUCAGCCGCAGCAGCCGGAGGAGGGAGCCGAAUGGGAUUACCAGAUCCCGUACCCGGAUCCCCGGUCCUCGCAGGACCUUUCCGCUUCCGCCCGCCACCCCAGACAACCCCGAUCAUUGACAUUAGUAGUUCCUCCGAGCCGGACAGUCCAUCCGACAGAGGUGGACUUCAUGUUGUUUGGCGGGCUGUCUUCUUCGUCUACGAUUCUCUUCAAUUUGCGAACAUAGAGGACAGGAGAGGAGGCGGAGUGGAUGCAAGCAGAGAUAAAUGCGGCGACGACACUGGCGAUAGCAACAGAAGCAACAACAACAACAACAACAACAACAACAACAGCAACAAUGACGACAACAACAACAUCAACAACAACGGCGGCGAUGCUGGGGGUGGCAACAACAACAACAACGACAAUUACAACAACAAUAAUGAUGAUGGUGGUAGUGACAACGAUGGUGGCGGCAACUAUCACGGCAGCAGCAACAACAACAACAAUAACAUUCACGGCAGCGGCAGCAGCAGGGUUGAGAGCGGGGUUGGGGAUGACAUCAACAACAACAGCGAUGAUGCCAAUAGUGUUAACGACGGAGGCAGCAAUGACCACGGCAGCAGCGGGGCUGAAAGCCUUAGCACGAUGGGUGUGAUGCCGCAUGCUGAAGUGGAGGGGAUUGGGAUUGAUGUGGAUAAGAGGUUUGCCAUCUCCCCCUCCCUUCCCCCUUUUAACCUCGUCGUCUGGUUGAGGAUAGGAGUGGGAUGAGCGUUGUUGAUUGUGUUGCCAAUUGAUUGGUGUUGUCCGGCCCGCAAUACCAAUCAACAAUGGAGUGCUGAGGGGGGCUGGUGAGGAUAUACAUUGCGGGUGGUCAAUCCUUCCCUUGCGCGGGGAAGUAAUCAAUGCCCCCGCUUACA